GCCUACUGGGUGGACUCGCAGCAGAAGCGGUAUGUCCCAGUCAAGGGAGAUCCUAUAAUAGGCAUAGUGACUGCCAAGGCAGGCGACAUCUUCAAGGUAGAUGUUGGUGGAAGUGAGCAAGCAUCUUUGUCAUACUUAGCAUUUGAGGGUGCAACCAAAAGAAACAGGCCAAAUGUUCAGGUGGGAGAUCUUGUAUACGGUCAGUUCAUUGUAGCAAAUAAAGAUAUGGAACCAGAAAUGGUCUGCAUAGAUAGCAGUGGAAGAGCAAAUGGAAUGGGUAUAAUUGGACAUGAAGGCCUACUAUUCAAAGUCUCCUUAGGGCUAAUAAGAAAACUUUUAGCUCCUAAUUGUGAAAUCAUCCAGGAAUUGGGACAACUUUACCCUUUUGAAAUAGUGCUUGGAAUGAAUGGAAGGAUAUGGGUAAAGGCAAAAACAGUUCAACAGACUUUAAUUGUGGCAAAUAUCUUGGAAGCCUGUGAACAUAUGACAUCAGAACAAAGAAAGCAAGCACUUGCCAAAUUGUCAGAGAGUUGAAAUAAAGAAACCUCAGGGGUCUGUUUUAGACUGAGACGGUUGUAUUUUUGUAUUAAGGUCUAUAUUCAAUAACAAGUUUUUAAAAUUUUAUUCUUUUCACUUUCUUUUGUCAAUUGGUCCCUCUUUUUCCCAAUGCUUAAAUCUGUUACUAAUAUACUUAUGAUUUUUCUCAUGUUUCUCAGUAGCCUUGUUAAGCUCCUCUUUAAAUCAUUGCAAUGGUUUUUACUUCCUAUCAACCCGUUUAUUUUUGCAAAUCAAAACUGAGUGGUAGCACCAGGUCUUUCGUCAAGAAAGAAAGGAGGGCUCCAUUUUUCACUUGCACAUGUUUUGGCUUUUAAAUUAUUUUUUACAAUAAUAUAUGUGUGCCUUUGCUU